AUGACCACUCUUUAUCAACGCAUUGCCCCAAAUGAACGGUCCGAGCCUACAGGUAUUAUGAUUGAGAGCCGCGGAAGCCUCGAGCCUGAAGAAGCAGCGGGUAAUGAAAGCUCCGCACAUGACUCGCCUGCUGCCUCUAAGACCAUCACCUCUACUACUACAGAAGUUACCAACAAUCAAGGCAAGGUUGUCCUGAGUCGAUCUCUUUCCACGGGUCAUCUCUUGGAAUGGCUCAUUCACUUUGUCGCCAUCGGCAUAAGCAUCAGCAUCUGCCUACUUCAUUUCAAACAAGUGUACUGGACAGACGAGUCGAUAUUAUCUAAAAGAUGGCGCUGGGUAUAUCUUGUGUCUCUUGACCUAAACGACAUCAUCAAAGCUCUCCAGUUCGCUUCCAAAGCCCAUGAAAUUCUCAUGGUAGCUUCCAUCGGCGCAAUCGUGCUGUAUUUCGCACGGCGCCGCCUGGUUAGACAAGAGGGCAUCACGCUAGGCCUGCUGAUGAGCAGUUACAGGAUCGACACGCCCGCCAAUAUCCUGUCGUCCAAAUUCUGGUCAGCUCUCGGCUUCGACGCAAGUUGGAAGACAGUUGUUCUCAGCCUACUGCUGCUCGUCUCAGCCAUUCUUUGCCAGCUCGUGGGCCCAGCCUCGGCCGGCGUGAUGCAGCCCAGCCUUGACUGGUGGAACGUAUCAGACCCGUACAAGGGCCAGAUACUGCCCCUUUACCUGUCCGUCAGGAGCGGCGAGACAUAUCCCCUGGCGUUGAACGAGAGCAAUUGGCCCCUGGAGACCUACGAUCCCAAUAGCAACAACUUUAUACCAGAAAACGCGACUGCCUGCUUGGAUGACGCUUCUUCGAACUUCUGGUGCCCUGCGUAUGGCUUCGACGUCGUGGAAACUUGGGUAGUAUCGAAUUAUCAGGACCAUGCAACGCCCAAUAUCACAGUAACAGGGACCAGCGGCACGCAGAGGACGCUUACGGCAGACUUGAUCGCGGAUGGAACUGCCAUCGCGGCGACGCACUCGAACUGGGUCAUCCGUAUGUUCGGCCUCUUUUCCCUGUAUGUGAAGCAUCAUUCCAACCUCACCGCCAGCUCCAUCACGUUGCCGAUGUACACUUCCACCGACCCAAUAUACGCCCCCGUUGUUCAAGUGCAGUGCCACGCUGUUGUUGCCACUGAGACAGGUACGGUCAGCUUCCUCACAGAUCAGCUCACCAAUUACACCGACUCUGGAGCCGAUCGAUACAAUCCUCAAAUGUCCUGGCCAGUGCCCCAUGAAGCCUUUGUCCUCCACAAUAAAUCGGAUGCCGUCCAUUUCACAUGGGUUGAUCUUUCAAAGACCCAAGACGGACGGCAGCAGACGACGAACAUGUGGCGUCCAUCAUUGGGUGCCGUGGCCAAGAUACCUGGCUGGGUGGACGGACGGGAGAGUUUCUACGCCAUCCCUUGCAUCAUUGACGCUCGAUGGGCGGCGUCCUCGGCGACUUACCAGCCCACAAUUAGCGAUAUAGUCCUCAGCAAUCUAUCCAGCCCGGCGGCUCUCGCAAACAGCACAGAUUCCACCUCCGCCACACCAAAACGAAAACCAAAGCCAAAGGCAAUCUCAGGCCAGCAGCUGGGCAUCGGAGAUGCUAUCCAGAUAGGCCUCAACUGGGCAGACGCUCUGAAUCCCCUUGGGUAUAUGUUUGGCCACACGCAAAACCUCACGAGUAUCGAGGCGAUGCUGGACACCUACGUCAGAGAAAUUGAAAACAACGGCACUGGUUACGGCGCCUUCACGGUGGGAGUAAACAACAACACCUACUUAAACGACACUACACAGCUCAUGCAGGCGGCAGCAAACACAACGGCCACCAUUCUGAGCCUCGCAAUUGCCGAUGGGCUAUCACGUCUCGGUGACGGAACCUGGAACAUGGUUGUUCUAAACACCCCUGGGAACGGCAACGUCACCUGGACAGCUAUAGACUUUGACUUCUAUCCUACCAACUCCUCAGAGGCAAGUUUCAUGAAGCAAUUCACGUCCAUCAGGAUCCAAGUCAGUCGCUAUGGCUGGGCAUACGGCUGGUCCGCCGUCAUCAUACUCGACGUCAUCGUUCUGCUUAUGCACGUUUCCAUGGUUGUCCUUUACGCUGGCUUUCACCUCCUCUAUGUUUUUUGUUUCUGGGAUGACUGGUGGCUUACAAACACGUGGAAUAACGCUGCGGAGCUCAUCAUACUGGCCUGGGACUCGUCGCCGACUGAGGUGUUUCGCAACGCAGAAAAGACCAAGUCGUCGCUUUGGGCCCAGAAUAUCAAGGUUAGGGAGACCCCUGGCGGAGAUGCAAUGGAGCUGGUGGCUGGAGGACCAAACACGACUUUCGAUGUGGGCUUGCUAAGGCCUAGGGGAAAAAACAUGCAGCAUAUUUGA